AACCAACAUUCUUAAAAGGUCUCUUAUUCAUUAUUUAUAAGUAGAUGCAACACCUCAUUUAUACCUCCUUAUCUCAUACAGAAGAGCUAAGAUUGGCAGAAAUGAUUUCACAGAAGCCACUUGCUUGGAGCAGACUACCAUGACAAGCCAGUCUCAGGGGAUCCACCAGCUUCUUCAGGCAGAAAAACGGGCCAAGGACAAGCUAGAGGAAGCCAAGAAGAGAAAAGGAAAGCGAUUGAAGCAAGCCAAGGAGGAAGCAAUGGUAGAAAUUGACCAGUACAGAAUGCAGAGAGAUAAAGAGUUUCGACUAAAACAAUCUAAGAUAAUGGGCUCUCAGAGUAAUCUCUCAGAUGAAAUAGAAGAACAAACACUAGGGAAGAUACAAGAACUUAAUGGACACUACAAUAAGUAUAUGGAAAGUGUGAUGAACCAGCUCUUGAGCAUGGUCUGUGACAUGAAACCAGAAAUCCAUGUGAACUACAGAGCCACCAACUAAAUGUACAUCACAGUUUUCAAGAAAAAAAAAAAAGGUGUGUGAGUGCCACCUGGUUGCUUAUGGCUUCGUGUUUUUAUGUUGAGAAAUUUGAAAUGCGAACCUUAAAUUUACAUUUACAGGAAAUGUCACAUAACUCAUACAUCGGCACUGAAUUAAACAAAACAAAAUACAACUGUUGCUAUAUCUUUUCUAGUAAUAAUAAUGACCUUGUCACUUAACUUGGAGUAAGUCAAGAAUGCAAAAUAGUAACAUGUUUUUUAACACUUGGAAGAAAAACAUGGUCAUGACAGCUUUUUAGUGGGCAUGGGUUUUUUAUUUCUUCUCCUUUUCAUCGAUUUAGAAAAUGCGCUCUUAAUUGUAUUAAAAGGUAAUUUGCUAAAAGAUAAUCUUUAAGCAAGAUAUAAUUAUGACUCUUCAACAGAUCUAAAAAUGAACAUGUCAAGGGUUUUAUUUAAUUCAGUAAUCAAUGAGGAAACCAGUAAAACAGAGAGACAGAGACAAAGAAUGAUGGGUUAUAUAGCCAUUUUUAAACAUAGAUGGGGUUUAUAAUCAUUCUGUCUGUCUGACCUCAACUAAACAGAUAUUAUUUUUAAAAGAAAAAAGUAAAUGAUAAAUAAGCUAAUACCAUAGAUUUUGGAGCUUUGAAAAAAAAAAAAAAAGAAAUACAAAGAAAACUCCCAGGAGAUAUACUAGGUUAGUGUGCCACUAGCCCAGUCUCCUAGUUACAGUUAAGCUAAACUCUCGUUAAAUACUAAGUACUUUGUUAGUGCAAUGUAUAUAUUAUCUCAAUCCUACCGUGUAAGCAGUAUUAGUGCUCUUGUUUUACAAAAUGAGACGCAAAGACGAAGGAACUUGUCUGGAGUUGUUUGGACAACAGUGGCAGCACUGAGCUUUGAACUGGGCAAUGUGACUCCAAUGUUCACACCCUUUACUUCUUACCAAACUGCUUACCUGCACAGCUCCUAUAUUUGCAUUAGUAAGAAGCAUGGGUGCUAUAAAGUCUUUGAUUUUCCAGUAAUAUAUGCAGACAAAUUUUAAUUCCAGUCUAAACAAAAGUUAAUUAUUGUCACCAAACUAUUCAUAUAAUCUUCAAUUAUAUGAGUCUCUGAUUAUAUGUAUAGUUUGGUAACAAUAAUUAACUUUUGUUUAGACUGGAAUUAAAAUCAUAAACUGAAAUGGUUUUAAUUGAUCAUUGUUUUAGAUCAGUGGUCCCCAACCUUUUUAGCACCAGGACCAGUUUCAUGGAAGACAAUUUUUCCAAAGAUGGAGGGGUAGUGGGGCAAGAUAGUUUUGGGAUGAAAUUGUUCCACCUCAGAUCAUCAGGCAUUAGAGUCUCAUAAGGGACAUGCAACCUAAAUCCCUCACAUGUGCAGUUCACAAUAGGAU